GGGUGUGGAGUGCCGAUGACUGUCCCGAGCGCCUGUGCCCGAGCCGCUAGCGGAAGUGGCGUGACGGAAGACCGGAAGUGUGGCGAGGCUGAAGUAGGAGGCGGUGUAUCCUCAGGCUGGAAGUGUGGCAGGGCUGCUGGCGGAAGCGGCGCGGCGGAGGACCGGAAGUGUGGCGGGGCUGCCGGCGGAAGCGGCGCGGCAGAGGACCGGAAGUGUGGCAGGGCCGAAGGAGGAGGCGGCGCAUCGGUAGGCGGAAGCCGGCUCCACGUGGGGAGAAUGUCGGCUUCCCUGCUGAGGAAGGGGCUGGAGCUGCUGGAGACGGAGACGGAGACGACGACGACGGCGGCGGCGGGGCACCAGCCCGGGCUCAGCAGCCCCCAGCAGCGGCCGCGCACAGCCCCGAAGAGGAGGAAGGCGGCUCGGGGGCCUGGCAGGAACAAGACCACGGCCAAGGGCAGAGUCACCAAGUCGGCGAUAGAGGAGUAUCGGAAGCACCAGGCUGUGGAUCACUUAAAGAAGAACUUGCAGUACAUGACGAAGGGCCGAUUCACUGUGGACAAAACCAUCACGCAGCAGGUUCUCAACCAGAAUAGGGGCAGGAAAUCUAGAGACCGCCCCCCAAAGAAGCCAAAGAAGAAAUCUGAAGGCACUGUCUUCACGGAGGAAGACUUCCAGAAGUUUGAGAGAGAAUACUUUGGGCGAGCUGGAGCAGUGUGAUGAGAACUCUUGCAGCUCCAGGCUUUCCAAAACUGAGUGUUCAGAGCAUGGGACUGACCGUGUCCUCCUGUUUGGGAUGGGAGACCAGGGGAGUGGGAUGAUACCUCUUGCCAGCAUAUGUUUAGAUGUCACGUCCAAUGCAAGACUUCACACACAUGUACAGAAUUUGUUAGUUACUAGCAUGGGAUGUGAUGCUGUAGACUCAAAAGCAUCCAGGGAGAUCAUGUUUCCUCUACUGCCCACUUCCAGCCAGCACCUCACUCAUGUUCUCCUGGAGUAGAGCAGACUCUUCAUUCAAGCCAGAUGCAAAUUCUGCUCCUCUGAGACAGGAUCCUUCUAUCCAUCUGUUUUGGAAAAGACAGCUUAAAGUGGCAGGUUUCAUUACGGGAAACACAGGAGACUAUUUAGAGCUGAAUUGUGGAGCAGCCGGAACAAAUUAUCAGAAAAAGGAAGGAUGCUCUAGGAAGGAGAAGAUGUGAGUACUAUUCAAACCUCUGUUUAGGUUAUGAUCUCCAUCAGGCAAGGACCUUCACUUUUUUCUCCUUGUGUAAUGCCAUGUAGGCUUAUGGUGCUUGAACAGUAGUCACUGUGGCAGAGAAUGUACUUGCGUACCUCUGUGGUAGAAUAAUUAUUCCAAUAGGGUAGGGUUGGCAGAGGUGAAACAGGUCAUUCAGGCACAAUUCUUUUUAGGCUGUUUUAGGGCUGUGUGAAAGGUCUCUGUGCUCCAUGUUAAUAUAUGGAUAUUUUCUACUUUCCUUCAUUGGACUGCUGAGUGGAAGUGAAAUAACCCUUCUGUACUGGACUCCUCCCAGCCUUCGCUCCCACAAAUCUCCUUAUACAGCUGGUAGUUUACACUCAAGCCCAUUAAAUCAGGGUACUAAACACAUGGGGGUAGUGUUGCUGCAUAGUACAGCUGGCCCUAGUAUUAACCCACAUAUCAGCUCCUCUGUCCCAAACCUGCUAAGUGUGGCUAUCUGUCACUUCCCCUGAGAAUACCCACCCCUCCCUGCCUUGCAAACACCAGCUGGUGAAGGUGAAGGCAGUUUACUGUUGAGAACUUUUGGCUGGUGAUUGUGAUGCUGGGUCAAGGGAGGCAAUUCUCUCCUACCCAAAUACUAAUGCUAAAUGCUUUGGAUGUUGUAACAUGUAGUUUGGCCAGCAGAUGGGGAAGUUGUCCAUUGUGCAACCCCUAUACAAUGUGUUUCUGGAGGGUUGGUGGCUACUUUGCCAUCUGUUAUACUCCCCAGAAAGUAGGACCUUUGUUCUCCACUUGAAAACAAAGGGGUAAAAAGAAUGAGUGUCCUCUCCCCUCCCUCCCCCUCAAAAAAAGUAGCCCAAAUAUUAAUUAUGUGAAUCAUUGCCUCUGUGUAAAAUAGGCUGGCUGAGCUUCAAUGUCGAGCAGCCCUGUACACUCUCUUCCUUUCAUUCUCAUUGCAAUCCCCAAAUUUGUUCCUGUUGCUCCUCUUUCCUCACUGGUGUGUUCUACACCCACUUACCUGCAAUACACAGUGACCAGAUGGAGAGUGGGGGAGGAUUUCUCAGAAAUGCAAGGUUUGGGAAGCCAAGAUAUUAUUGAAACAGGAAGCUGUAGUGACCAAAUACAGCUAAUUCUGGGUAUUAGUGUUCCUUAUUGUACAUGUUGCUUGGAACUUCUUGUGUAAGAGGAUGGAAAGGGGAUUUCUCAAUUACUCAUUUCUCUCUUCUGCAGACAGACUAGAGCAGUGCAAAGACCAGUUCCCUUCUUUUGUACGUGUUCUUGGUGCAGAAACAGAAAAAUGUAUAUGGCAAUGAGUAGCUUUUCCUGGUGUUUUUUUAACUGUACUUUGAAUUUGUUUUCAGUUGGCUAGAGUAAGUUUAGAGAGAGCCAUUUUUCGUUUGCCAUCUUGUUUAAAAUAAAGGUGUCAUACAUAC